UGACAGGGCGGAGGUGUGUGGUCUCGCGCUGUGCGUGCUUGACGUACCGCUGGCGCUGAUGGCGGCGGGGCUGGCGGAGGGUCGCACUGAGGAGGGAGCGCGAGGAGGCGGGGGACCGGAGAGACUGAGAGAGGAGGCCCCGGCGGUACCCAGCACCGACACCGCGGCAGACAAACAGGAAUCACACCGACUGCAGAAGCAGCCAGGCCCGUAGACUGACCCAGUGGAGGACGGGCGGACGGACUGAGCGUUCAGGGCCUCCUAUUGGCUGUCAUCCCGUCUCCCCGCCAGCGCUCUCCUGCAGCUGCAGUACUAACAGGAUUUAGUAGCUGUCACACGAGGGUGGUGUAGGUGCUGCUGUUCUGUUGCCUUUAAAUUGUGCAUGAGUGGUGCUAACGGAUGUGGAAGCCCCUCCCUGCCCCGUCUGUCUCUCUUUGGAUCCAGAAGUUCCCGCCUGGUUUCUGGUCCUUCUCGGUGAUGAGCUCAGUAGUUUGCUGUCAGAGAGUCGUCGCUGAAACUGCCUGAAUCUAUUAUUUCACCUGUGCUGAAAAUGUAGAUUAGCUUAAUUUUGAAGCUGUUUGGACUUACUGACUGACCAGAAUUUAAGAAUAACAGGCUAUCUGCUCUUGAAGUAAAGUUUGGCUACAAAACAGAUUGCAUGAAAAAAUGUAGCUGGAUUUGCAACCAGGAUCACGCGUUUUAGCAGCUAACGCCUAGUUAGCGGCUUGCGGCGAGCAGGCAGCGGUGGCUCGGGGCUAAGUGUGCGUGAAGCAGGGGUGCUAUGGAGUACCACUCCGGUGGCAGCCAGCCCCUGCUGGGCAGACCGCGGUACUGCCCGGGUGCCAGCGUUAACGGAGGAUACCUGUGCGAGACAGGACACUGCUGCGGAGAGACCGGCUGCUGCACCUACUACUACGAACUCUGGUGGUUCUGGCUGCUGUGGACUGUCCUCAUCCUGUUCAGCUGCUGCUGUGCAUACCGACACCGUCGAGCCAAACUCAGAGUGCAGCAGCAGCAGAGACAGAGAGAGAUCAGCCUGCUGGCCUACCAUGGAGCCAACUCCUACCCCUCCUCUAUGCUGGACCUCAGUUUCUUGGCAUCCCUGAAGUUGCCUUCCUAUGAGGAGGUGGCAGCUCAGCCCUCGACUCCUCCUCCUCCUUAUAGCUCUGUCUUCACCACCCCUCGAUACCCGCAACCUCCACGCACCGCCGACCCUCAUCUGCUCUCACAGCAUGGUCCCUUGCUGCACCGGCCGCACAGCGAUGGGCCGUCCUCCCUCAGCUCAGACAACAGCUCCAGUUGUUCCUGUGAUUCCUGCUGCCCCUCCUCUCCGUGUAGCUCCUCCCUGUCGGCACCCAUUACAUAUGAGACUGACACUAGCCAUGCCUCCACACCCAGCGAAGCCACGCCUCUCACCCUUGAUGUCACCAUGGAGACCAUCUCUGCUGCUGCAACCUGCUUGAAUUCAAACGAGGUGCGGGUUGCUUCUGAGAGGAUGGUCCUUGACGUCGCUGACGUAAGCGGCGCUGGAGCUCAUACAGCAGUUGCCACAAACUCAUCGGUUCCCAACCAGACUGUUACUGUGGCGGUUGUUACCAGGGCAGCCUCCCCUCAGCCUCCACCCUCACCUGGUUUUCAGCUCACCCUUCCAGUCGGGACUACAUCUCCCAUAAAGCAGCAGCUUGACAUAGCACCAUCUACCCCAAUAGUCAGCACCUGUAGCUCAAGCACACUCCCUAGUCCAAAUGUUGUUGACACAGCACUUCCCUCCAUCCAAAUAAUACAUAGCCCAGCAAUGGACACCAAUACUGUCCCAAACGAUACCCCAAAGAUUCCCUUAAUGUCAGGGCCUCCUAGCCCAACUGCUUCUGACUCUUCUAUAACCAUAAAAUCACUGGAAACACUGAAUUUAACAAGGACUUUUGAUACAGUCAGUUCUCCCAAUAGCCCAGCCUCAGUUCCAUCCCCAGAUGCUGGAAGAACUUUGUCUCCAAUAGCAGGCUCUGUUACUGGUUGCCUAACUCCUGACCCAAAUCUUGUACCAAUUCCAUCACCUACAAAGCUUACCCAGUCUCCAGGCCAAGAACCUACAAAGUUUACACAAGGUCAGGAACCACAAUCACUAUUUCUAAAGCUUACACAACCUCCAGAUUUGGUAACUUCAGAUCAUAUCCUGCUUCCAAAUCCACAGCCUAAAGCUGGGGUAGUUGCAGAUUCACCAGUUAAUAGCCUUCUGUCUCCAAGGCGUGCAAAUCUUGCCCUAGUCACAGAUACAGCACCAACUUUACCCAUCCUAACUCAGUGCCAGAACCUAGAACUAUCACCUGGAUCAGGUUUAGUCGAGGGUCAUCCCAGCCCUGGGUCACACUUAUCCCAGCAUUUAGGGUCUAUUGCUGUUUCAACAUCUUGUCUGGAUUCAACUGCAGAAACAGAUCAUUCAGGUCAUUCUCUGGUCCCGCCUCAGUUGUCAGAGUUUGACCAUAUUCCUCCAUUGCCUUCAAAUGCCCAGGCAUGUUUUAGUUCUGGUUCUUGUUCUGGAUCUGAAUUGCGCCCUGGUGCUAGUUCUGGGUCUGAGCCUCUGUCCACCCCUACACCACUUCUCAAUUUGUCAGAACAAGUGUCCACUACGUCCUCCUGCCCAGCCAUAACCAUAGAGUCUGAAUCUUCUUAUGCUACUUGUCAGUCACCCCUUGCGACUCUCUCCCCAUCUUCACCCCCAUCCCUUUCUACUUCUCCUCCUCCUCCCCUAACUCUUCAAGCCCUUUCUUCCACCUCCCUUCCUGCUCCAGCCUUACUUCUGGACCCCCUUACUGCUUUGCACCAGUCUGACAAAGGUGGAUCUUCCUUUGGCCAUGCAUCCUCCCUCUCACCAUCACCUCGUGCUACUCAGUCUCCACCAAAACAGACUCUGUUUUCCCCCUGCGUGGAUGUCUUUGAGCCAGGACCACCCAGUUGGGAGAAUGAGGACGAGGAACAGGAGGAGAAGGACAAUGACGAAGACGAAGAUGAGGACAUGGGAGCUGAUGAGAGCCAGUAUAGACACCGGCGGCUCACGGGUGACUCUGGGAUCGAGGUAUGCAGGUGUCGUGUAGAGGAGGAGGAGGAGGAUGAUGAAGAGGAGGAGGAAGAGGAGGAGGAAGGUGGCAGGAGAGGAAAUGGAGGGGAGAGAGAUAAAAGAAGUAGUGACUCUGAUCUCCAUGACAGUGUGGACUGCCCUGCAAGGGGUCAGGUGACCACAGAGGAAGGACUUACACUGUGUACUCCGACUGCCACCACAACACCAACAUCUGAGGACAGUGGCGAAGUCGUCAUUGUCAUGGAGACAGUGUGACUGACAUAAGUAGGGUCAUUCGCCAUCCAGACAGGGGUUCCAGACAACAAGAACUGAUCGAUAGUGUUUACCCUUAAAUCUUUCUGUAACUGGAGAGGCUUUAGUUAAAUGUGAUUUUGACUGAGGAUAAAGUAGGUCCCAUUAAUAGGCAUGCACAAUUUUUAGAUGGCUGACUUGAGAGUUUCUUAAAAUGAGUUGGAAUCAUAAGGAGUCCUUGUGCCAAGUUUUGACAUAUCCAGGUACAAGAGCAGUUUUCACUCAAAUACCAUGCAAUGUUGGAAAAGUUUUAGAACUACCACACUGCAGAGCUGUUGUCAACUAGGUGGAAAUGUCACAAAAAUCUGAGCCCCAUCUCCCUAAUUUUAUCUCAUUUAGAUGGUGCUGCAAAAACGGCCUCUAAAAUAUCUACCCAUCCAUUAUUACUUCAUGUUGGAGAGUUGCCUAUUUAUGAAGAAAAUCUAAAUCUCUAACAAAGAUUAUGGAGCAUUAUCUGAAGCACCCAAUCGUAAAGGGUCUGCACAUCCAUUAAGUGGCGUUCACAGUUACAGGAAAGUCUUUGUAAUGUGGGAACUAAACCCUAAAAUCAAAUCUGAGCAUUGGCAUCAAGGGCAAAAAAAACUGCCAUAAAACUUGAAACUAACAAAAAUAUAGUUUUCUUUAUUCAAAACAUUAGGGUUACAGUUAGAUUUAACCUUAACUCUGACUGUAGGAUCAUCUUGAGGUUGACGUUUUCAGUUCCAACGUGAUUUUAACUCAUGUACAUUGGAGGCUUUCACAACAGAUGGAGUAAUUUGUUAGCCAGCAACCACAAUUGUAAACACAAAGUCAUUGACGACAUUAUUAGUUUCCAUUAAACAAAUAACCAUCUCAGUCAUGCAGUGUUUGGUUGUGACAGCAGAUGGAAAUGCCAUUAAAUAUCUACAAAACAUGUGCUGCAUGCAGUCAUCAUACACUCGAUGAUAAUUGCUAAUAAUUUUGGUUUCCACUUCAAGUUCAGUUUCUUUCACUAACCAUGUUUGCACAGUCAGUUGCAUGAAGGCAAACAGUCAGGGGUUGGAUUUGGGUAAUUUUACUUGCAAAACCACAAAAUCACUAGCUUUUAGGCUAAUUUUUUUUUGUCAGCCUAAGUUUUGGUGCAUUUGUAGACCAAUGACUCAUGGGCAGAAGAAGUCUUGAUACAGACUUCUGUUGGCUACACCAGAAACCUUAAAAAGUGGUUGUUUCCCCCAAAUUCAGCAGACUAGCAGAUUGAUGCUGUUUUAGUGAUGCAGAGGAUUUGAAUGCUCAGAGAGAAACUCAGCCGAUCCGAUGACUGUCACAAUUUGUCAUUAAUACUGAAUUAAGACUGCACAGAUUGUCGCUGUAGAUUGCAUCACACCCCUCACAGAAAUGAUGUUGUCCACGGUUAAUUAAAAAAAUAAGGAACUUUAAAUAGUUGGACAUGUAGCCAGAGAUGCCUCGCUCGUCUUGGGUGAUGACGUAGGUUUGGCAAUGUGCUGGGGACAAAUUGGCUGCUUUGGAAUUGAAGAGAGGCUGAUGUAGGCGGAUGAUUCACGCUGACUGACAGCGGGAAGGCUGAUUCAUUCAUUAAGGGGACGAUUUUGAUGAAGAAGUCUGUCAGAAGGGUAGAAUUAGGUGGGUCGCUUUUUUUAUUUUUCAUUUACUUUUUUCUGUUGAUGUUUUUUUUUUCUUGCGAUCCUGAUUGUGUGUAGAAGAUUUUCAGGGUGGACAGGAUCGGCAGGCUUCCUGUGCGUCGGCCAUUCAGCAGAGAAAAGCUCUUACAUAAAUAAACGCAAACAAUGGGUACUUUUAGAGAGAAACAAAGCGCCAAACACAGCAGAGACGAAACACGUCAUGGUUCCCUGCUUGCCUUCUUUGCGUCUUUCACUGAGUUUGAGGUCAGAUGAAACAAUACAUGUAAACAGUAGCAUCUUGCUUUACGCUUCAUGCACCUCUUGUUCAUAGACAACUCUCCUUUGUCCUGAUAAAAUGGGAUCAAGUAAAUGUAUUCCAAUCAAAGUUUUGCCAGUAAGUCAAGAUAUUUUAAGGCCUUAGAAAUGAUGCCCCACAAUCUGGCUAGAACUGUGAUUUAUUUUUUUGGCAGCGGUUGGUACCGAUUAACGUUUCGUACACUCUUCAACGUGUCAAUAUUGAUAUUUUGUGACAAAAAGACUUGAAGGUAGAGUAUAUUUUGUCAGUGACACAGAAUAAUGUUUGUAUAGUAACAGCUAAUGUGUUUAAAGUCACCUUAGAGUGUGAAAUUAGUGAAAAGCAAUAUUUUUCAGCAAGAGUCUGUGUGUAAAUAGCCAGAGAGAGACCUGCAGAAUAACCAUCUCUGAAAGGCUUCAUAGUAAGAAUGCAUCAUCAUUGAUUGUAAAAUCCGUAAGGCUUGGAUUUCUACUGUGGUUCAAGCAAAUUCUGCCUACCUUUGUCUGUGUUUUCUUUUCUUUUUAAAAGUGUGGAGGAUUUUCACCUGACAGCAGUAGAAUAAUUGUGCAGUUUUAAGGACACAAGUAAUUUCCAACGCGCUUGAUGGAAGUGCGCCAUCACACAUUUGUGAGACUCUGUGUGUCGGUGUAUAACAUCAAGUCGAAUGCAUACAAUUCAAAAAUGUAUACUGUCACUUUGUUAUCUUGUGUUGUAGCAUUGUAGCGCAUGGAUUCUUAAAACUGAACUGGUUGGAGCACAAAGGGUGAGAUGCCUUCAUAUCUGCUCCCACAAAGUGCACUUGUUUUUGCAGCCUGUUAAUGUAAGCUGCGUUUGAAAGUUUUCACAGAUGUGCGUUAAAUUUGCAGUGUGUUGGAAAGUGUGUUGACUCCAAUAAGAGAAAUAGUGCACAGUGGUGUUAUCGGAUCAUACUGGCAGGUGAAUGCUUAAACCAGAACUCUUAAAGGUUGGAAAGUUUAACUGUUGCCUAAAAAAGCAAAGACAUGGGAACGAUCAGGUCCCCAUGGUGCAGGGUUCACCUGGUGAUAUGUUAACUCAACCUUAUCAAAUGGACAGACACUGAGUCUCCUGGACUGAUCCUUAAAUCCUGUGUCCAUGCUGCAUUACAACAUGUAUUUCAUGUACUUCAUGUACAACUUUCUUGACAGAGGUGUCCAUACGGAUACCUCUCAGAAUAGACAACGCUGUCAUGGACAGAAGCAGUGUCCCACCAUAUAAAGGACAUGACGAAGCAGACUGUUUUGGUAGCCAACGUACAAAAGACUGGAUUAAUACUUGGAUCAGUGUGCAUAUAUCUGGUUUUGAACCUGGACUUAUGUGAGUCUGAACGGAUUCAUCUUAUGGAUUGAGAUCAAAGAGUUUGCCAUGGCUGACGGACCUCCAUAAAGUUCAAGGAUGACAACAAGCCGUUGAUGUUGUGGUAAAUGUUGUAACUGGUGGUGUUUGUUUUUUUGUUUUGUUUAAUAAUUUUGUUUUGUUUUGAGGUUUUUUGUAUACCUGAACUAAUAAGGUUAUAUAUCUCCAUGGUUACUGAGUGCUAUUUCUACUUGACAACUGUUACUACUUAGCAUUAGCUAGAGCUGUUCCUGCUCUGUGUGUGUGUGUGUGUGUGUGUUUGACUGGAAUGACUGGAGAAAUGUUGUCUGAAAUCUGUCUGCAAGACCGGGUUCCCAAAGCUGUGGAACUCUUUGAUCUGCCUUACAAUUCCUUCAGUCUUAGUCACACAGGCCAAGAGACCACUUUGUGAACCUUGGUAGGGUCCAGUCAGUAUGUAAAAAAUAUGUAUUCCCAACCAGAUGUUGAAUAUUUGCUGGAGGUAACUCAUUGAAAUUGAUUGCAAACAGAGUGCUGCAACAGAAAUCUCCUUGUGAUGUCUUUGAUUGUUAGCAGAUUGCAGCAGUUUCAUGUAGUUUAUACUGAAGAUGCAGACUUGUUUGCAAACAGUUGCAAACUACUCACUGAAUGGUUCUGAAGGUCUGAAGAGUGCAACACAGGGAAACACAGGGCUGAAAUAGAAACCAUUGAAACCAUCAUGUUUGAAAAGGCGUAACUUUUACUUUGGAGGGAAACAAUCUUAUUCUAUUUUAUGUUGCACUUUUCAUUUUCAAAGCUACUCAGUGAUAAGUCUUUGCAGAUAAUUCUGCGUCUUACAUGUAGACUACAGGCAACCACUGCAAUCUCCUAGCAAACAAAGCAAAGGCAAGAAGGUUUUAGACUGAACAUCAUCUCCAUCUUGUGACUUAUUUUACCAAGCAACAUCAAGCAACCACCUGGCAACCGUUCGGGGAAUGCACAUUUUUCCCUGGUAAUUAGUGGUUACCAGAAGUCACUUGCCGUUGUUAAGCCACUUGCAACCAGUUGGGGAAUGCUAAAUAUUUCCUUGCAACCUGGAGUUGCCAGUCAGUGUCAACGAGUCUCUAGAGCUGUGUGAUUGUGACUACAGAGCUGUGACAUGUUGACCAUCACGAGUUUUUACUGAAGCUCUUGGAAGCCAACAUGGUAACUGUCCCCUUUGGCAUUUUGGGGAUAAAAUCUUCGACCAUUGUACCCAGUCUCCCUGAACGUGAGGCUAAUUUUAGAGCUGAAUAACUUUUGGAAACCCCAGUCUCUGUCUUUUUGUUAGAGUUAAACCAGGACUUAUAAUUUUGAUCAGAUGUUAACAAGUGUUCUCUUGCACUGAAAAGUUUUACAUUCACUAGCACAUUGACAGGUUUUGCAUCGACAGGUCACAUGUUUGUAGUGUCACAAUACGUUAUUUCAAAGUUUUAGCUCAAACAGAGUCAAAAAGUAUCCAUGUAAAAGCAUUUAUGUUCCUGUUUUUCUCUUGACUCCACACAUUUGAAGUAGUGUAACCAUUAAAGGGAACUGAUCACCUACCCAGCCCAUUGGCUAACCACUGAAAUGGUUUUCUUCUUAGACCAUUUUAUAAAAGACUACCAUAGUUGUUGUAACAUUACUCUGUGGUUCCUUAUCUUAAAGGCCGUGCCAUCUUGUUAUUUUAGCUCAUCUGGCCAAAGGAUUGUUGAACUUAUACCAUGUUGAGGCAUCUGCCAUCUAUUAAUAGUUCACAAGAAUCUCUGCUCUUCCUGAAGUAUUUGUGAAGUUUUAGUGGAACUUGCACAAAAUGAUCAACUAAUGUGUCUUCACCUAAACUGUACUUAAGGUCAAGGUCAGUUUGUUAUUUUAAAGGUAAUAAGCAGUGAAUUGUGAUGGACUGUAAGCCAGAUGAGCUGUUGCGUCAUUGACAUUCUGGCUGAAGUCAGAAGAUACCAGGUUUAUUUAACUUCUGGAGAAAGACGCAUGCUUUUUGGAUGAUUAAGUGAAGGUUGUGGGCGAAUGUUGCAAGUUAAACUCUGUAUUCUCAUCAUAACUUCUCAUCAGAGUUGCUAAUGGGUGGGGGCUAUAAAUGGAAGUUCAUCCUGAGAUGCAUGAGCAGGAGCUAUUUGGAGGCAAUGAAUCAUGUUUUAAUUUUUGGGGUGACCUGUUCUCUUUAUGUAAAACUGCCUACUUUGAUUCCUAACAAAAGACUAAAUUCUGAACUAAAGUCUGAUGACCAAAUAAUUGGUCAUGGUCCUGGUACAGUCAGUAUUGGGUUAUGCAGAGUCUGUACCAUGUUAUUAUUAUCUUACCCUGUGAAACAAACACUGAUUUAACAUGACUAGAGUCAGUUUAGAUUUGGAAUGACCAAAUUUCUCUAUUUUUGGCUCUUUGAUCAAUUUUCACUUUUUAGACGACACGACUGUAAGCAGCUUCACCUGUGGUGUAUGACAAAAAUAUUUAAUUUUCUGAAAAUGUUGUUGUUCCUUCUAUCGUAGGGAUCCAUCCCUCUGUCUAAAGGAUGUUAUGCUCUUCUCGUAAUCUCUUCUGUCCUUCCUGUAUGCAUGAGGUUUGUCGGCGAUGUCGAAAGAAGCACUGAAGAGAUUAGUUGUUAAAACCCAUUAAUAUUACAAUGACAACGGAGCUAAUUAGUAGUAAUACUAAAUUAAUAGCUAGUGUGUAUGUAUGAGUGUAUGUGUGUGAUCCAACUAAACCAGCCUGUUCUAAAAGUGUGUGAAAAUAUACUGAAUAAACUGUCAAAUCUAAAAAAAAAAA